AUGCCAAUGAGAAAGGCUCUUAACUUAACAGAAGGAAAAGUCAUAGAUCUUGGACAAGAGUUUUUGAAUCAGAUUAGCAGACCAGUUGGUACGAAUCCAGCUGAAAAACUUAUCAAUCUUGGGUGUAGGAAUCAACCUAUGAUUUAUAUUGAUGGGAAUGAAAAAUCUUUCGAUGAGUUCUGUACCCUAGUAUCUAAACACAAGUUCUCAAACUUUGAAGGACAAGUUUGCACAAUGGAAUGUAUUCCAAGAAAAAAAGAUCAUUAUAAGGUUUUUUGGAAUUAUGUUUAUGAUCAAGAUCAACUUAAUGAAAUUUAUAGAGAUGAAGCUGAACUUCAUAUUUUUAAAGAAGGAAAACAUUAUAAGAUUUAUUAUAUUAGGAUUGAUGUGUUUAGACAGGUACCUACUAUUGAGAUAAGUUAA